AUCAAUUGAUGGUUAGUUGUGGUCACACAUUGUGUUGAUAUACAUAUGUAUUGUGAUUGACAUCAAUACUAAUGAUUGUCUAUAAUUACAAACAUUAUUAUAAUAACUAAUCAAUUGAUGGUUUGAUUACUAAUAUCAAUACAAUUGACAUAACAUUUGGACGUAAAUGAUGUUAAAAGUAAUGAAUGCGUUGAACAACAAGUGAUGUCUUCAUAUAAUUAACGAAGAAAUGCAUCAAAUUUUGAUGAUUUUAUUGAUUGUCUUCACUGUUGAAUAGUUUAAAUGUCUGCCAAUAUGUUUGGUCUAAUAGUUUCGGGAAGACUGGUUCAGACAGACUUUGUGGCCGUCGAUGUCAACAAAUUUUUGAUUACCAUUCAAAAUGCUGAUGAUAUUAAUCAUGUCGUUGUAUUCAUGACGGGUUUGCAACCAUUUCCCGAAGGAAUGGCCGGUUCGGUAUACUUCAGUUUUCCCGAUCCGUCGUCACCGCCGACGUGGAUAUACUUAGGAUUCAUAUCAAACGAGAAGCCGUCGGCGAUCUUUAAGAUAACAAAACUGAAACAAACGAGUCUUGCAAACGUCGGGUCUACUGUUGGUCAUGGCUUUGGUUUUCAGCAGCCAAUUGAAGCGCAUUUCGCACAAAUCGGGAUUUCAAUGGAACCAAUUGUGACGAUUUCGCAGAUGAUGGCGGAUCCCAACGCUAAUGUUUCGCAACAAAAUAAUUUCGAUGAGUUUGCCAUAAAAACAGCUGAAAAUCUCUUUAAUUAUUGCACUUCUUUUUCCAAUACAUUAACAAAUUUCAUAAAUUCUCCGUUUACUGGACAACAGUUUGUCCCAAUACAUACAAUACAGCAAUGGUAUGAAAAUUUUACGCGAAGACUCAAAAUAGAUCCCAAAUUUUGGAAAAAUUGA